AGGGGAAUAUCAAAAAUGGCUUCCUCGUGAACUGGUUAUAAGCAAGUCGAUAGCCAACACGACCGGAAGCGACAUCGACAGAGAUUAUCACUCUGAUCCAUCAAACGCAUCGACAUGUGUGUGUAAUAUGAGUUAUUAUCAACUGUACGGAAAGAAACCUCAGGUCAACAAUGUUACAUUGUAUGUAAUUUCCCACGACGAUUUUAAUGGCAGACUUGGAAACCAGAUGUUCAAGUAUGCAUCUUUACUUGGCAUUGCCAGGGCACAGGGCAGAGGUCUGUUCUUUCAUCCAGAAACAGAUUUGGCAAAGACUUUCAAGAUAACAAACAUAGCUGUUAAUGAAAGUUCAAAAAGAUGGCCAGUUAUCUCGGAAGUUGGUAUUUUUGAAGAAAAAAUGUUCAAGCUACCCAUCUAUGAUGUCAGAAUUAUGGGCUACCUACAAUCAUUUUGGUAUUUUUUUCUUGUCAGCGAUGAAGUCAGACAAGAGUUUACUUUCCAUGAUUCCAUCGCCAAUGCUGCUGCCAACAUUCUUCACGACGUGGGUGAAAAAUAUAACUUCACAAUGACUGUAGGAGUCCAUGUGCGUCGUACUGACUUUCUUACAAAAAAGCUUCAGCGACUGGGCUAUGCAGCUCCAGACAAAUCAUACUUCAUGAAAGCUUUCAGUCUGAUGAAGUCAAAGUUUCCGGGAAGAAAAAUCUCGUUUUUAGUUGCCAGCGAUGAUCUUCCAUGGUGUGAAGAAAACCUAUCAGGCAAUAACGUUAUUAUAAUGCCAAAAGCAUCACCAGCUGUUCAUAUGGCCACCUUGUCCAGCUGUGAUCACGUGAUAAUAUCUGGUGGUAGUUAUGGAUGGUGGAGUGGAUGGCUGGCUAACGGGUAUGUUAUAUAUUUUACUGGGUACAUGAGGAGCGGAACGCCUUUUGGGGACUGGUAUAAAAUAGAUCAGUAUUACCCUAGAAUGUGGAUAGGGCUGGGGAAUUGA